AUGCCCCAACCAAACUCUCUCCUUCAACUCCAUCUCCACUCCUACUUCCGCUCUUCCUGCAGCGCCCGCGUCCGAACAGCCUUACAUCUCAAAGGCCUCGCAUCCUCCAUAACAUACACAUACAUCCAGCUCCUCAAAUCCGCACAACUCUCUCCUUCCUACACAUCCCUUAACCCCAGCGCGAGCGUGCCGACCCUUACCGUCACUAUCAACCCCGGCUCCACCUCGCCCGAGAACUCUAGGCCCGAACCCAUCAUAAUCCGCCAAUCCAUCGCCAUCCUCGAAUUUCUCGAAGAAUACUUCUCCUCUCCCGAGACAAUCCGACUCCUCCCUCCCGUAAGCGAUCCCGUUGGACGAGCAAGGGUGCGGGAACUGGUUAAUAUUGUGGCGUGUGAUGUACAGCCCGUUACGAAUUUGAGGGUGCUAAAGAAAGUGAAGGGCUUGGUGGGAGCAGACGGGAAAGGAGAUGGAGAUGUGGCGAUGAAGGAGUGGGCGAAGGAGUUUAUGGGGCAGGGGUUGGAGGCAUAUGAUAGGGUUGCGGAGGGGUAUGCGGGAAGGUAUAGUGUUGGGGAUGAGGUUUCGUUGGCGGAUGUUUGUUUGGCGCCGGCGGUGGAGGGGGCGGUUAGGUAUGGCGUAGAUGUGGAGAAGUUGAAGACUGUUUGGAGGAUUUAUAAUGAGUUGAAGGAAUUGGACGCUUUCAAGGAGGGUGAUUGGAGACAUCAGGAGGAUACGCCGGAGGAGUUCAGGGUCGGUGCUUGA